GCUUGGCUGAUUCGAUCCAACCCUAGCUCCCUAGCUCGAUCCCCUCCUGACCCCCUGGGUUGUGACAGUCCCGAGCCGUCGCCGCCGCCGCCAAUCCCCAUGGCCCGGGAGAAGAAAUCCGCAGCUCCCGCUCCCGCUCCCACCACCAUACGGGCCCUCGGCGACGACCUCCUGCGCGAGGUGUUCCUCCGCCUACCCUCCCUCCCGAGCCUCGUCCGCGCCGCCCUUACCUGCCCCGCCUUCCUCCGCGCCGUCCGCUCGUCCCCCGCAUUCCGCCGCCGCUUCCGCGACCUCCACCCGGCCCCGCUCCUGGGCUUCUUCCUCUACAUCCACAACCACGUUAUGCCCGCCUUCCUGCCCGUCCGCCGCCGGUCCGACCCAGACCACGCCGCGGCCGUUCGCGGCGCCGACGUCUUCCUCACCCGGGUCCCCUUAGACGAAGAAGAAGACGAAGGCCAAGUCGAAUACGCCGACGACCCCGGAUGGUUGAUGAACGGGUGCCGCGAUGGGUACGUGGUUCUCUUCUACUCGCUCAGCCAUCGGGCGGCCGUCUACGACCCCCUCACGCGGCGCCCGCAUCUUCUCUCUGUGCCCUUGGAAGAGAUCUUCGGAGAACUCCCCGGAGAGACCGUGGUUGGGCUUGAGUUCCACGUGGUCACCUCCGAAGAGGACCACCGGCCGCUCCGCGUGAUCUGCAUCUGCACGGAAAUGGGAGCACCGCGGGUCGCUGUCUUCUCGCCGGACACCAGGGAGUGGCAGAUCUCCUCAGACGCGGGGAGCCUGCAGCUGCCCGCCGGAGACAGUGGUACGGUUGUGAACGGGUGCGUCUACUGGGCAUCUGCAGCCGAUAUCCAUGUGCUGAACACCGCAACACUGCACUUCUCCCGGAUCGAUCCGCCGCCGCAUAUGCAAGACGCGGGUGUCAAGGUCGGUGAGACCAGUGAUGGAAAGCUCUGUGUCGCCUGGGCAACUGGUCUCAUGCUUAAAGUUUGGGUCCGGAGAGCCGCCACCGCGGGCGUCGACGAAUGGAUGCCGGACACUGAAAAAUGGAUGCUGGAUGCGAUUGAUGAAUUGGAGCUACCAUUUGAAUAUGAAUGCCCUGAACUGGAGGUUGUGGCCAUCAUCGGUGGCAUUGUGUAUUUGUCUACCUAUGUGGCAUCGCAGCCUAGUUCUCGCUGGUUCCUGUCCUUCUGCACUGAAACAGAGGAGCUGGAGGUGGUCUGCCCUACUUCAUGGCGUGGCCUCCUGUUCUGGUACGCAAUUAGGUGAACUCUCUCGGCUAGAAGGGGCUUGACUAGUAAGAGGAGCAGAAAAACUACAACUCAGUCAUUUUAUCUGUAUUCCGGAUACCAAGUUUCGUUAACUACCUGAUGAUGAUGAUGAUGAUGAUGAUAUUUUGCUGCA